AUGCGAUUCCACCACAACUGGGUCCCGCCGUUUCAACUCCAGACCGUUAAAUUGGACGCCAUUAAAUUGGGCCCUACGUUUCCCACGUGGCUUCGUUCCCAGAAAUCCAUCAUGGAUUUGGAUAUGUCCAACACGAGUAUCCAAGACGCGGUACCCCUUUGGUUCUGGAAGAAUUCUUCUUCUUCCAGCAUCAUGGAUAUCAACCUCUCCCACAAUCAAAUCAGUGGCACUCUGCCAGCGUCCUUGGAGAGCAUGUCCUGCUUGAUGUUCUUAAAUUUGAGCUCCAAUACGCUUCGAGGUCACAUUCCUGCUUUGCCAUCGAACCUACAAGCACUGGACCUAUCGAACAAUUCUUUGUCCGGUUCGCUUCCAUGGACCCUGUCACCGUUCUUGGCAUACUUAUUCCUCUCCCGCAAUUAUUUUCGGGGAAGCAUACCAUCCGACAUCUGCGACUUGCAGCAACUCUAUGCUCUCGAUCUAUCGAACAACCAGAUAUCCGGAGAAAUCCCUCAGUGUUGGCAGUGUUGGGCUGAUGGCCCAUAUUCAGCCCAUGUUAUUCCUGUUUAUAUCCCCAUCAGGCAGGAGGCAACGAAACUAUUCUUCGUCAAUCUGGCGAAUAAUAGGCUGUGGGGGAAAAUUCCUGACUCCAUCGGAAACUUGAGCAACCUCGAGUUCUUGCACUUAAACAACAACAGUCUCUCCGGACGUAUUCCGCCGUCGUUGCGAUAUUGCAUUCGGUUAGCUAUUAUUGAUCUCGGCGACAACAAAUUUUCUGGGGACAUACCGACAUGGAUCGGACAGAGCUGGCAAAAUCUGGAGGUGCUUCGACUGCGCUCGAAUAUGUUAUCAGGCAAUAUUCCUAUGCAACUCGGGCAGCUGAGAGAUCUUCAGAUCAUCGACCUCUCCAAUAACAGACUGUCGGGGACAGUGCCGCCCUCGUUUGGCAAUUUCAGUGCAAUGAUCUCUAUCUCCAAGUCGAUGUCCUCUACGAUAUCAAACAAUGUAGAGUUUGUGCUAUCCUCUUUUGUGGCCAGCGAAAGCAUAUCUCUGGUCACGAAGGGAGAUGAGUUCAGUUUCUCGACCAUUCUCAAUCUCGUGAAAAGCAUCGACCUUUCAGAUAACGAGCUAUCCGGAGUGAUUCCUACGGAAAUUGGUUCUCUUUUUGCACUGCAAACCUUAAAUUUAUCCAGAAAUAGUUUUGGCGGCACGAUUCCUGCAGCGGUCGGUCGGAUGAAGUCAUUGGAAACAUUAGAUCUGUCAUUCAAUGAGUUAUCUGGCGUCAUUCCCGAAAGCUUUUCAGCGCUAGAUUCUCUGAGCCACUUGAAUUUGUCGUACAACAACCUAUCAGGAGUCAUUCCAUCAGGGAACCAACUUCGGACGCUCGAUGAUGCAUCCAUUUACAUCGGCAAUGCGUAUCUCUGUGGACCUCCGGUUACCAAGAGUUGCGUCAACGAGACUAAUGUCGAUUUCGUAGAAGAAGAAAACGAAACAGAAUCUGAUGUGCUAUCAUUUACUUUCAGCAUUGCACUCGGAUAUUUGGUCGGAUUAUGGAGCGUAUUUAUCAUUAUUCUUUUCAAGAAAGAUUGGAGGAUCUUCUACUUCCGAGUGAUGGAUAACUUGUACGACAAGAUUUACGUAGCAUUCAAGAUACGGAUCGCUAGGUUGACGAUGGAUUAA